AGGGGGGGGGCCGGCGGCCGCCAUCUUGGGCGCUGGGCGGCAGAGCGGCGGGCGGGCGGGCGGCGGCAGGGCUUUGGAGCCUGCAGGGCUGCAGGAAAUGCAGCCUCUGUUUAUCGUCCGCUGCAGCUGAUUUCUCUCCCCGCAGGUUGGCAGCUUAGCUAGGAGCUUGCAGGCUGAGGCACAGAAUGUGAAAGGCAGUUACCUGCUCCACAGGAACAGCAGAAAGAGGUCUUAAGCAACAUGGAAAGAGAAGACUAAAGUUCCAUCAUGAUCGGAGGCUUAUUCAUCUAUAAUCACAAAGGAGAGGUUUUAAUCUCUCGAGUCUACCGGGAUGACAUUGGGCGGAAUGCCGUGGACGCCUUCCGCGUCAAUGUCAUCCACGCACGGCAGCAGGUACGCUCGCCUGUCACCAACAUCGCCCGCACAAGCUUCUUCCACGUCAAGCGUUCCAACAUCUGGCUGGCUGCUGUCACCAAGCAGAAUGUCAACGCCGCCAUGGUGUUCGAGUUUCUUUACAAGAUGUGUGACGUGAUGACUGCCUACUUUGGGAAGAUCAGUGAGGAGAACAUAAAGAACAACUUCGUGCUGAUCUAUGAGCUGCUGGAUGAAAUCCUGGACUUUGGCUAUCCUCAGAACUCUGAAACGGGGGCCCUGAAGACUUUCAUCACUCAGCAAGGCAUCAAGAGUCAGACUAAGGAAGAGCAGUCCCAGAUCACCAGCCAGGUGACUGGACAGAUUGGAUGGAGACGUGAAGGGAUCAAAUAUCGUCGCAAUGAACUCUUUCUUGAUGUGCUGGAGAGUGUGAAUCUCUUGAUGUCCCCCCAGGGUCAGGUUUUGAGUGCCCAUGUCUCUGGCAGAGUGGUGAUGAAGAGUUAUCUGAGCGGAAUGCCAGAGUGCAAGUUUGGCAUGAACGACAAGAUUGUCAUUGAAAAACAGGGUAAAGGGACUGCAGAUGAAACGGGGAAAAGCGGCAAACAGUCAAUCGCCAUUGAUGACUGCACUUUCCACCAGUGCGUGAGGCUCAGCAAAUUUGAUUCUGAGAGGAGCAUCAGCUUCAUUCCACCAGACGGAGAGUUUGAGCUCAUGAGAUACCGAACCACUAAGGACAUCAUCCUUCCCUUCCGGGUGAUACCCCUGGUGCGGGAGGUGGGCCGGACCAAGCUGGAAGUGAAGGUGGUGAUAAAAUCAAAUUUCAAACCUUCCUUGUUGGCUCAGAAGAUAGAGGUCCGGAUCCCAACACCCCUCAACACCAGUGGAGUGCAAGUCAUCUGCAUGAAAGGGAAGGCGAAGUACAAGGCCAGUGAGAAUGCCAUUGUGUGGAAGAUAAAACGUAUGGCUGGAAUGAAGGAAUCCCAGAUCAGUGCAGAGAUCGAGCUGCUGCCCACCAAUGACAAGAAGAAGUGGGCUCGGCCCCCAAUCUCCAUGAACUUUGAGGUCCCGUUUGCGCCCUCUGGGCUGAAGGUGCGUUACCUGAAAGUCUUUGAGCCAAAGCUGAACUACAGUGACCACGAUGUGAUAAAAUGGGUGAGGUACAUCGGCAGGAGUGGGAUCUACGAGACCAGAUGCUAGCCCCAGCGGGCUGGCAGGCUCCCUCUUCUCCAAGCCAUCCUCCGCGUCUCCUCAGUCUUCAAGUACAUUCAGAGAACAUCGGCCUGGCCCCUCUACGCAGAUCGAAAGACCCUGUGGCUCACCGUGGGAGCGGACUUGCCUGCCUGUGCUUGGUUUCCACCCGCGCCGCAGCUGAAGUUCAGAACCCGGGCUCGUGCAGGGCUGCGGCCAGCCUCCUGCUCCCGGUCCCAGGGCGGGGAAGGGCUAGUCUAACUCCCAUCCUCUCGUGAUCUUUCUAGGGAACGUCCACCAUUAAACUUCUCUUCUGUUGGUGUCUCACUACUUGCAUCAUAUCCUAGUAUUUUUGAAGUUCUUGUGCAUAUGUACUCGUAGAAUAGACCUAAACAUAGACUGGACAAAUCCGAGUUGAAGUUACCCUGGCUUCUGUACUAGCUAUUGCUGUUGUGGUAGAUGUUGCUGGCCAGUCUGAGAUGCCUGAGGUGGUGAGUUUUGUUGGGCUUCCACCCGAGGAGGUGGUGGGCUCGCUGCAUCUCACCACCUUCCUCCUUCUUGCAAAGUCCUCAGUAUAGAGCCCUGCUGUGGGAAGGUUCGUGACCAAAACACGAUGAGGGUUUAGACUCUUGCUGGUGUGUACGUGGGUGGCACAGCAUUUCGGGUCCUUAGAGCACUUACCCCCCACCUGCUGCUGGCUCGAGCCAGUCUUUCCUUUCCAAACCAAUUGGAAACGUGGCCCCUCUGUCCCGCGCUCCUUUCCAAACGACUCGGAGCCGCGGGGAGCGUGGCUCAGCUGAGCUCUGCCAGGACGCGGCCGGGGUCUGUCCUCUGGCACUCGCCAGUAACCCCCCGGCCCCGGCCCCCCCUCUCCGCGCUUCUACCGAACGCUUCUGGGCCAUAGGAAUGCUGCUGCCGCCCGCGGUCCCGCUUCUGGUAGUGUGGUCUCCAUUUUGUACGCCCCGUGAUUUGUCCAGCGCUGAACCUAAUAAACUGUGUAGAACGGA